AGAGGAGGACGGGCGAGGAGCCCCGGCGUGGUACGUUGACAAAUCUCAGUCAGCUCGACAGCUAGAGGGCGGGGUGAGCUGCCGGCACUUGGCGAAAAGUUCUGGUGCCGAGGAGAGGGAGGGAGGGAGAAAAGCCGAACAGGUGUCUGACACAGUGUCGGAGGACAGGGACCGUCCCCUGGCGACUUACCUCCAAACGCGGAAGUCACCAGUAGAUGUCUCACGGCCGCAGAUCAGUUCAGUUCCCGGUUCCUAAUGGGAGAGGCUGGCUGGGUGACAUCGGAACACCUUGGUGGCAGAAGAGCCUUUUAUUUAUUUUCUGUCAACGCCGCAUGACGUGCCUUGACAGCAGCGUAUUGUUUGAACAUAACCUUGCGUCUUUCCCCUCCUUCCCCCCCCACUCCCUGGUUUGACAAAAGAGGGAAACCAGAACCGCCCCCCGUUCGAGCGGCUGAAACUGGGCGGGGAGCUCGACACCAACUUUGCACCUGAGUAAAGGUCGCUGGAAUAAAGGGAGAAUCGCGGUGAAAAUGGCGACCAGGGAGCUCUGGCUUUCACAAGGUGGCGACUAAGGCGGCAGGUGGUGAACACACCGGCUUGUUUCUUUCUCCACUCGGCGGCGGCGGCGGAGGCGGAGGAGGAGGUGGUGCUGGUGGUGACGGCGGGUCGGGUCGGGCUGGCCGGAGUCGAGCGACAUGUCGGUCUCGGAACUUUACACCAAGUAUACAAAGGUUUGGAUCCCUGACCCAGAGGAUGUUUGGAAAUCAGCAGAAAUCGUUCAGAACUACAAAGAGGGGGAUGAGAUCCUUCAUCUUAAACUGGAAGAUGAAAUGCCUGUGGAGCAUCCUGUCAAUUCCAAGACAAGUCAGUUGCCUUUCCUGCGUAAUCCCGAUAUCCUUGUGGGUGAGAAUGACCUGACGGCUCUCAGUUAUCUUCAUGAACCUGCUGUGCUCCACAACUUGAAGGUCCGCUUCAUUGAGUCCAAUGCCAUAUACACUUACUGCGGUAUCGUCUUAGUCGCUAUUAAUCCUUAUGAACAGCUGCCAAUUUAUGGAGAAGAUGUCAUUCAGGCAUAUAGUGGCCAGAACAUGGGGGACAUGGACCCCCAUAUCUUUGCAGUGGCUGAAGAAGCAUACAAACAAAUGGCCAGAGAUGAGAAGAACCAAUCAAUCAUCGUAAGCGGGGAGUCUGGAGCUGGAAAGACGGUGUCUGCUAAGUACGCCAUGCGUUAUUUCGCCACUGUGGGUGGAUCAGCCAGUGAAACAAAUGUUGAGGAGAAAGUCCUGGCCUCAAGUCCAAUUAUGGAGGCCAUCGGGAAUGCAAAGACAACAAGGAACGAUAACAGCAGUCGCUUUGGGAAAUAUAUCCAAAUUGGCUUUGACCGGCGAUAUUAUAUAAUUGGUGCCAACAUGCGGACAUAUCUGCUAGAGAAAUCAAGAGUGGUUUUUCAGGCAGAGGAUGAACGUAACUACCAUAUCUUCUACCAGCUGUGUGCCUCGGCCGACCGGCCAGAAUUCAAAGAACUGUGCUUAAGCAGCGCAGAAAACUACUUUUACACCACUCGGGGUGGUGGCAUCCUAAUAGAUGGAGUUGAUGAUGCUGAAGACUUCAAUAGAACUUGUAAAGCCUUCACUCUACUUGGUGUCAAGGAAGCAAAUCAGAUGAAGAUUUACAGAGUAAUAGCUUCAAUUCUCCACCUGGGAAAUGUAGAAAUUGUUUCAGAACGAGAUGUCGACACUUGUGGUAUUGCUAAAGAAGAUGAGCACCUAAACUACUUCUGUAAUUUACUGGGAGUUGAGCACGAUCAGAUGGAACACUGGCUAUGUCACCGCAAGCUUAUCACAACGUCAGAGACUUUCAUUAAGACAAUGGCCAAGCAGCAAGCCAUCAAUGCCAAAAAUGCCUUGGCCAAGCACAUCUACGCUCAGCUCUUCAAUUGGAUCGUGGAACAAAUCAACAAAGCACUUUAUACAACCAGCAAACAGCAUUCAUUCAUUGGAGUUCUGGAUAUUUACGGGUUUGAAACAUUUGAGAUCAACAGCUUUGAACAAUUUUGCAUCAACUAUGCCAACGAGAAAUUACAGCAGCAAUUUAAUCUGCAUGUCUUCAAACUGGAGCAGGAGGAAUACAUGAAGGAACAAAUACCUUGGACUCUCAUUGACUUCUCUGACAACCAGCCAUGCAUUGAUCUGAUUGAGGCAAAAUUGGGCAUCUUAGACUUGUUGGAUGAAGAAUGCAGGAUGCCAAAAGGUACAGACCAAAGUUGGGCCCAGAAACUGUACGAACGCCUUUCAAGCAGCCGCCACUUUCAGAAACCCCGAAUGUCCAAUAUGGCUUAUGUCGUUAUACACUUUGCAGACAAGGUGGAAUAUCAAUGUGAUGGGUUCCUGGAGAAAAACCGAGACACCGUGUAUGAAGAGCAGAUCAACAUACUUAAGGCCAGCAAGUACCAGUUGGUGGCUGACUUGUUCCAGGAUGAGGAUUCUUCUGCAUCCAUUGCAAAAGGGAAAAAGUCAAAAAUAAAUGUCCGGCCUCUCAAACCGGCCAUGAAGGCAUCCAAUAAAGAGCACAAGAAAACCGUUGGACAUCAGUUUCGAAACUCCCUGCAUCUGUUGAUGGAGACCCUGAAUUCCACAACACCACAUUACGUACGCUGCAUCAAGCCAAAUGAUGAGAAAUUUGCCUUCUCGUUUGAUCCAGCACGGGCUGUACAGCAACUCCGGGCCUGUGGAGUGUUGGAGACCAUCCGUAUUAGUGCUGCAGGAUAUCCAUCUCGGUGGACCUACCAUGAAUUCUUCAACAGGUAUCGGGUCCUAAUGACGAAGAAGAACAUAAUUUUAAAUGAUAAGAAAGAGACCUGUAGGAGGCUUCUGGACGUUGUUAUCAAGGAUCCUGAUAAAUUCCAGUUUGGCAAAACCAAGAUUUUUUUCCGUGCUGGUCAGGUAGCGUACCUGGAAAAACUCAGAGCAGAUAAGUUCCGAGCCGCAUGCAUGAUGAUACAGAAGACAGUCCGGGGCUGGUUGCAGAGAGUCAAGUACAGAAGGCUGAAGAAGGCCACCAUUACUCUUCAGAGAUACGUUCGAGGUUAUCAGGCACGCAGGUUGGCAGACUUCCUGCGGAAAACGAGAGCUGCGAUAAUUUUGCAGAAGCAAUGCAGGAUGUUGGCUGCUCGCCGUCGGUACUUGAAAUUUCGCAGUGCAGCCAUCACGAUUCAGGCUUGUGCCCGGGGAAUGUUUGUCCGCAAGGUGUACCAUGAAUUAUUACUCCAGCACAAAGCCACUGUCAUUCAGAAGAAUUUAAGGGGCUGGAUGGCUAGAAAGAGAUUCUGCAAGAUUCGCAACGCAGUCAUUUAUCUUCAGUGCUGCUUUAGGCGGAUGAAAGCACGUCGUGAGCUGAAGACACUGAAGAUUGAAGCAAAGUCAGUAGAGCACUACAAGAAACUCACCAGCGGAAUGGAAAAUAAAGUUGUACAACUUCAAAGGAAAGUAGAUGAUCAGAAUAAGGAGUACAAGGCAGUAGCGGAGCAAAUGACGGCAAUAACCGCAGCGCAAGCUACUGAAAUUAAUAAACUUCAUAAGGAGUUGGAUCGAUGUCGAGAACACCAGGGAGAGGAAAAUAGAGCAACCAGUUUACAGGAGGAGAUUGACGAACUACGCAAGGAACUUGAGAAAUCGCAGAAGCAACACAAAAUCUUGGAGGAUACUUCCACCAGAGAUAAAGCAGAACUUCAGCAGCGUGUGCUGGAGCUGGAGAAGGAGAACACACUACUGAAACAUGAAAAGGAGGAACUGAACCAGCGCAUCAAGAGUGAAUCCAACAAUGUAGCAGAAAAGUUCUCAGAGAAGAUAGCAAAGGAAAAUGAGCAGUCAAAGAAGGAGAUAGAUGAAGAACGCUCUCGAUAUCAAAACCUCUUGAAAGAGUAUUCCCGCCUGGAGCAGCGAUAUGACAAUCUGCGGGAGGAGAUGACAUUAGUUAAGCAAACUCCAGGCCAUCGGAGAAACCCCUCCAAUCAGAGCAGUCUUGAAUCUGAUUCUAACUAUCCUUCCAUCUCAACUUCUGACGUUGGGGAUACAGAGGAUGCAAUACAACUGGUGGAGGAAGCUGGCUUGGAGAAUGCUGCCAUGGAUAUGACCAUAUUCCUGAAACUGCAGAAGCGGGUGCGGGAACUGGAACAAGAAAGAAAGUCGUUACGCGCAGAGUUGGAGCAGAAGGAAGCACUGGAAACCAAAAAGAUGCCAAAUGAGUACAACAGCAUUCCGGACAAUGAUCAAGCAGCGGAAAUGGCCUAUGACAGCUUAAAGAGACACGAGUUGGAAUCUGAAAACAAAAAGCUAAAGAAUGAACUCAAUGAACUGAGAAAAGCUAUAGCAGAGAAGGCAACUAUGGACGACCCAACUAAUGAGUCAGAAAAUACGUACAAUAUACUUCUCCAUCAGCUGAAGGAGGCCAAUGAGGAGCUGGAGGUGCGCAAGGAGGAGGUCCUCAUGCUCAGAACACAAAUAGUCAAAGCCGCUCAGCAGAAGGAGGAGGCCAAAAGCACGGAUAACGUGACUGAGAAAUAUGAGUGGAAAAAAAGUGAUGAAAACACAGAUAAAGAUGAUGCCAUUGAGGCAUACAAUGGUGUUUGUGAAACAAAUAGGCUGCUGGAGACACAGUUGCAGGCCCAGAUCAAGCAACACGAGGAAGAGGUAGAAAGAAUGCGGGCACAGAUUGAGGCUAUAAAAGAGGAGAUGGAAAAACAGCAACAGAUCCUCACACAUACGCUACAGAUGUCUCCAGACGCACGCAUUGAGUAUAACGUACAACAGGAGAUCACCCGCCUCACCAAUGAGAAUCUGGAUCUGAAAGAGCUGGUGGAGAAACAGGAGAAGAAUGAGAAGAAAUUAAAGAAGCAACUCAAGAUUCACAUGAAAAAGGUUCAAGAUCUUGAAGCCCGGAGCACUGCACCGAAGGAACCAAGACGAGAACAACUAACCAGACAAGUCACUGUGCAACGGAAGGAGAAAGAGUUCCAGGGAAUGUUGGAAUAUAUUAAGGAGGAUGAAACUCUACUUAUUCGCAACCUCAUCACGGACCUGAAGCCCCAAGCAGUCUCUGCCACAGUGCCAGGCCUACCAGCAUACAUCCUCUUCAUGUGCCUUAGACAUGCAGAUUAUAUAAACGAUGACCAGAAGGUCCACUCGCUUCUCACUGGGACUAUCAAUGGCGUUAAAAAAGUAUUAAAGAAACACAAUGAUGACUUUGAAAUAACAUCAUUUUGGUUAUCGAAUAGUUGUCGCCUUUUGCAUUGUUUAAAACAAUACAGUGGAGAUGAGGAUUUCACGAAGCAGAAUAACACACGGCAGAAUGAACAUAGCCUGAAGAACUUUGACCUCACAGAGUACCGCCAAGUUCUAAGUGACCUCUCUAUUCAGAUAUAUCAGCAAUUGGUCAAGGUUGCAGAAGGUCUUCUUCAGCCAAUGAUAGUGUCAGCCAUGUUGGAGAAUGAGAGCAUCCAGGGUCUGUCGAGUGUGAAACCCAUGGGCUACAGGAAACGUUCUUCAAGCCGGCUCGACGGAGACGACAGCUACACUCUAGAGGCCAUGUUGCGCCAGCUUAACAUGUUAAACAACACCAUGUGUGAACAUGGACUGGAUCCUGAGAUUAUCCGACAGGUCUUUCGGCAGCUCUUCUAUGUCAUCAAUGCUGUAACACUUAACAACCUGCUGCUGAGAAAGGACGUGUGCUCGUGGAGUACAGGAAUGCAAAUCAGGUACAACAUCAGCCAGCUAGAAGAGUGGUUGCGGGGGAAAAAUUUACAACAAAGUGGGGCUGUGAAGACAAUGGAGCCUCUAAUUCAAGCUGCACAACUUCUCCAAGUGAAGAAGAAAACCACUGAUGAUGCUGCAGCCAUCUGUUUAAUGUGUAAAGCUCUAUCCACACAACAGAUCGUCAAAAUUCUGAACCUGUACACACCAGUAAAUGAGUUUGAAGAACGUGUAACCGUAUCAUUCAUUAGAAAUAUUCAGUCCUUUUUACAAGAUCGCAAUGAAGCUCCUCAACUGCUAAUGGACUUUAAACACACAUUUCCUGUUAUGUUUCCAUUUAAUCCUUCUGCACUCAACCUGGACACCAUACACAUCCCGGCAAAUUUGAACUUGACUUUCCUCAUUCGAGUGUAGAACAAAGCUUUGUGUGGACAUUUACAGAAGAAAGUAUGGAGAGAGAGAAGAAAGCUGAACGUUGGAUAUUUGCUGCGUCUCAAUCAAAAUUAUUACGGAACAAUUAAUCAUGCAAUACCAUAUCAAAACUUGAUUGGUGGCCAAAAUAACCCAUCAUCACUUCUAACAAACAUCGACAUGAACAUUUGUGAUGCAUUCAGAUGGAACAUUGGACAUUUCCAAUGAUAAUCCAUGAUUUAUUUUUGUAAUUAACAAAGCAAUGCCCAUUUUUUGAGUAGAAUGUAAAAAAAAAAGCAAAGAAGACUGUGCCACAGAUUUUGAUAUUUAUGAACCAUGCAAAGUUUAUAAUCAAAAGAAAACAGCAGUGGGGUUCAUAAUGUGAUUUCUGCAUGUUUUGCAACUCAUCUCUUUGGUUUACUGUCACAGUUCAAGCAUGAAAUGGAAUUGGCUUUUUUGGAUCUAAUCUGUGACAGUCACCAAUAUAUAGUCACAGUGACUUUUAAGAGAAGAGGAAAUGUAAAAUAGGAAUCGGCUUUGGGUCUGCGCAAUGCAUACAGCCAAAUUAGAGCUAAUAUCGCCUUUCCAUUAGGCUAUAUAUUUCCCCCUCAUUUCUGCUGUGACCAUUGGUGUGGACAUGGUUUAUCGCUUUGUUAUUUGAGCUGAUUAAAACCAUGUAACUGCUUAUUUGACACUUGCAUAAAACGCUAUUGAGCGGUUUGCCUGAAGUUUCCAUUGGGAACUUUGACUCUGAAAUGGGAACGUUUAUCUCUGCGAUUGCACUUCACUCAUUAUGCGAUAAAUGUAAUUGUGUCUUACAUAACUCUGAGAAGCAAUGGCCAUUUCAAUUGGAGUAAUUGAUGUAAUGUAUUAAGUUAGGACCAAAAAUAUCUACAAUGUUUGAAAUGGAGUUAGCACAAUAUUCUGGUGUCUCUGUUUGGAUGAUAAAGUAACUAAAUUUAUUUAUUGGGCGAUUGAAAUUUGCAGGAACUACAAUUUACCCAUUACGGUAAAAUUCAAGAAGUUGCUAAACAUUCAUUGUAUAGAUUUUGUAACAUCUGAGAAUUGGCUCCGGUACUGAGGCAUCAAAACUGCACUGACGUAUUCAGUGCCUCGAUAUCUAAAUCCAGCAGACUUUUAUAAAAUGAACAUAGUUUGCUGCUACCUGAUAGUGGGUUACAUUUGAUUUAAGCUCACAGCUUUGCAACAAUCUUCAAUGUGUGGGAUGAAUGAGCUCUUUACACCUCUGACUGAAUUUUGAUUGAUUGCAUGUUCUUCAAAAAUAUUUUGAAACAUUUCACCUGGUCAUAAAUUGCAAUCAUAUAUUUUUUAUCAAUUGCAUAUUUCUAUGUUGAAGCCUUUGCAAGACAAUUGAUUGCACAAACACAGUUGGAAUCGUAUGAAAUAUAAACAUGUUGAACAUAACUAUCCAUUGGGGAACAGUAUAUGAAUUUUCAUGAUCAAUAACUUCUUGUCUCUAACUGUUGGGCCCUAUUCCGUGAAUCCAAAGUGCACAGUUCCGAUAAAAAUCCCAGAGAAUCUACAGGUGAACACAAAUACCAACAAAAUGCUCAAUCCUCAAACAUCAUCUUCCUGUUUCUACUUCUCAGCUGCCCUUCCCACCUUCACAAAGGAACAACAAAGUGGAACCACAAAAAUGACAAAGAGUAUAGCAUUUCCUUCAAGUUUUCCAACAAAUGGAAUGCUUGCUAAGAGAAAUGGGUCAAAUAAGCAAAGAUCUUUGAUUGCAAAAGACAAUGUCACUAAAAUGUUGUGUUUAAAUAUUGACAAAUUCUAUUCCUUAAAUAGAUUGAUAUAAAAAAAAUAUUUGUAAUAUUUCAAGUUAGGUGUGUUUGUUUUUUUUCUUAGUUUAAAUUGUCAUUUAGAUUUAUGAAAAAAAAAACAAUGUAAACAAGUAUAUAGCAAUGAUAACAUUAUUAAAUUGCAUGAAAAAGUGAUGCAGCAUUAUGUUCAGAUAUUGUUGGGAAAGAAGCAAGCACAAAAACUGUAAUUAAACACCCUUUUUCACAG